AUGGCAAGACAAGCUAAGGGUAAGAAAGUGGGCGUUCGAGCUCCGGUGAAGGUGAGAAGGCCGGCGGUGGCUGAAUCUGGUGAAGCCUCUGGAAUCAAAUCGGGUCUUGGUACUGAGUUAGGGCUUUGCACUCCGAUAAGAGGUGCUAAUUCUUCUUCUGAUUCCUUGUCUAAUAAGGCUAAUCUGAUGGUAGAAGAGAUGUGUAAUCGAAAGAUUGUUGAAUCAGGUAGUCAAUUAGAAAGGAAGCAUGAGGAAUUAGGGUGCAAGACUGGUGACCCUAACUGGUCCAAAUAUCCUGAUAAAAUUCGUACAGUUCAUGUUAAACUUGACUAUGUUGAUCCCCAAUGGCUGUUAGGGUUCCUAAAGCAGUCCAGAAACCUGCUCAACCUGAUACAGUGGCUGUUAAGGGCUCUUAAAGCAGUCCAGAACCCUGUUCAACCUGAUACAGCGACUGUAUCAGCACCUGAUAAGGGUGAGGAGGGUGUCAUCAAGGGGAACCAGGUGAAAGCUGAGCAAUAUAAUGGUAAUCCGGUUACUGAUUACAGAAUUUGGACUAGGAAGGAGGGGAAGCAGGCUGCUAUUACAGGGACUAUCCCUAUAAAUAAUAUCAUCGUUUGGAAUAUAAGGGGUUUGCAUAGUCCCCUGAAAGAAAGAGAGCUAAAACAAUUAGUCUCAUCAACCUAUGCAAGUAUAAUUGGAGUGGUAGAAGUAAAGAUGAAAGAUGAAAAGUUAGCAGAGUAUAUGAAAUGUCAUUGGACAGAAUAUGAAAUUCAAGUUGUAUAUGGUGCCAAUACGAAGUGUGAAAGAACCAUCUUGUUGAAUCAGUUGCAGCAGGUGGGGCAAGGGAUAAAAGAGGUGUGGAUUAUGGCAGGUGAUUUUAAUUCUGUGGUAAAUUCAGAAGAGAAUUUGGGGGGCUUGCCUGUGACUCUUGCAGAUAUAGGUGAGUUCAAGAUGACAAUUGAUGAAUGCAACUUGUGGUAG